AUGCUCUUUUCGGCCCUAUCCAGCGCCCUUUUGCAAGCAAGUCAACCGAAGCCAACCGUGAAGCUCUCAGCUGAACAUGCUUUAGUAGAAGACUCGGCUUGGUGCGACUUCCUUGCACUCGAGCUGCAGGAUCUGGCUCGGACUCGCCCAGCGAUCAUGGGUGGAGAUCUGGAGACUUUGAAGGCCAUCAUGGAAGCCCGAUACACGCUCUUACUUGCCGAUGCUGGCAUUCAUGGAGACAGCAUCCUGAGUAGCGUUGACGAGAAUGCCCUUGGUUACAGACGACGAAUCGUUGUCCGAUUUUACUGCCCUGGGGAGGUGUGUACAACUCACAUGCAGGUCGUCUUGUUAAUCAAGAGUUCUUCGCAGCGCCUUCCCGAGGUUGUGACCCUCUGGAAAACGGCAGGCUGGGUGAUACUCUCGCACUUCGAGAUGACGAUACAGGCCUUACGCCUGAGGGAGCGUCUGAGCAAGCCGCAUAUACUGCUUCGAAACGGAGCUGCGAAGGCUAUCGACUGGGACUCUAGAAUUCCCGUAGCAGGCGAGGAUCUCAAUGUCUACGGCGAAUACCGACCUUCCGCGUUGGAGGGAAGGCAAGUUUUGUGCCAAAUCGAGCUGUCCGUGGAGGUGCGAUCUCACCAACGUACUCGGGCUGAUUCUGAAAACAAACUCGAAAAGGGCGACAAUGACAUGGUAGUGAUAUACAGCAACGCGGGCGGAUGGGUUAUUCUGAAGGAUGCACUUGCACUGAUGCGCGGCGACCUACUAUCCAAGGUCGAUGUUACAGCGCUGAAGCGAAGGGUUCCAGAGAACGGGCAGCUUGUUUCAGUUGUUUUGGACGAGCACAUUGCGGUGGCAGAGGGAGACACGGUGCAUGUGAGUUGCGUACAUUGA